AUGUCGUAUGACCUCGUCGGCAAAUCGGAAGUAGAAGAUCCAAAGGCCUUGAUCGAUCAGUACCGUGAGAAGACGGCACAGUGCCUGCUACUGGGAAGGUACGCCAACGGAGGCCAAUACACCUGGGAAACCAUCUACCAGUAUGUCAUCAUAGAGUUGUCGUCGCGAAGGGAUAUCACGCAGACCAUCGGCAUCCUCCACGGCGUAUCUAUGAAUCUGCUCCUCCAGAUGGGCUACCACAGAGAUCCGUCCCACUUCCCGAGCAUUUCUCCCUUCGCCGGGGAGAUUCGACGCCGAAACUGGGUCAAGUGCUUGGAGGGCGACCUCCAGAUGUCGAUGCGGACAGGCAUACCUCGCAGGAUUAGUGCCGGUCACUGGGAUACAGAGGAGCCGCGGAACCUACACGACGCGGACUUUGACGAAGACACCAAGGAGAUCCCACCCAGCAGGUCAGAAACCGAGGUUACGGCUGUCACUCAACUGAUCGCGAGGAGGCGUAUGCUGGUGGCGGUUGGGGCUGCUGUCGAUCUGUCUUCGUCAAUCAAGCCGCCUGCUUACACCGAAGUACUGGCAGUGGAUCGGCAGGUGAGGGAGGCAGAGGAAAGCCUCCCACCACCACUAAAGAUGAAGCCUUUGCAGGCGUCAGUUACGGAUCCGCCGCUGUUGAUCAUGCACAGGCUGUACUUGGCGCUCAUGUUUCGUAUAGGUGAGGUCAUGAUCCACCGCAACUAUCUCAGCGAAGCAAGCGACAGCUUCAGCUACUCGCGAAAGAAGUGCUUGGACUCUUGUCUCUCUGUUCUGCAGCUACAACACACUCUCAACGAGGAAACCAUGGUCGGAGGCUUGCUGCAUUUUGCGGGAGCCAAGCUGUCGCUUAUUGGGAACCAUGCAUUCCUGACGGCCUGCAUCACCCUCUGCGGCGCGAUGUACAAGGGACUGCAUGCGGCUGGAAACGAAUAUGCCUCGGCUAGGGAAGUGGACAUCAAAACAGCGUUGUGGAACUCCCUCAGCGUUUGGAUGAAGAAUGAGUCUUCGUCUAGAGAGGCUCGCAUUGCGGCCGAGUCCAUCAGGCUUGUACUCAAGAAGAACGGCUGGUUCAGCGAGUUGUUGCCAAGUCCAGAUCUAGGUUCCACCUCAGUCAAUGCUAUGGGUCUUGAUUCUCUGGGCGGAUUCUUUGGGCACGGGAUCGACAUUUUUGGCGAGGCGCCUUUGACGAUGUUCAACAACGAGUGGGACCCAGAGGGGUUUCCCUGGUUCCUGGAUCCGUUGAAUGGUGGGAUGUCACUGAAUGACAGCCAGACCGGAUGA